UUUCAUAUAUACUCUGUAUGAAACAGAUUAAUAGUUUAAUGAUCCAAGGAGCUAAUGAACUAGGGUUUCUAGGGCAUUUGGCAUUUGGCAUUUAGGGGUUUAUAACCUUCUAGAGUUUUGGGAUGGGAGUUUGCUGGUCGGGGGUUUCGGUCCGUGGGUUGGAUGGUUGUGGGCGGGCGGUGUGAGGGAAUGGGAUGAGAUGGGUUGGAAGAUGGAGGUGGAGAUGGAGAUGGAGGCGUAUAGGGAAUGGGUGAUGGGGGAUGGGGAUAGCAAAUAUGGGAGUUCGGGAGUGGGUUUGGCGCUCGGAGUGUAUGGAGCAGGGUAGGGUAAGGUAGGGUUGAUAUUGAGAGGUGAGAUGAAUAAGAGGGGAGAAAGAGCUCGGGACGUGAUUUGAUCGUAUGAUUAAUAUGAUUAUAUUGGGGGAUGUAUACAUUUAUGACCUCGGGAUAUAUAACCAGUAGUUCCCAUUAAUAGAAUCGAGGUCAACUUUGAGUUUAUAUAUAUAUCUUCCCAUUCCAUCUCAUUUAUCUCUCUCUUCAUUUUCCUCUUCACUUACCACUUCUUCCAUUUUCCUCCUUUCACUCAAAGUUCCCAAUAUGAAGGUCCCAACACCUCUAUACACUAUCCUCCCACUAGUAUCUACCGCUACAGCACAAGGCGUAGCCUAUGCACAAUGUGGAGGGAAAGGAUGGACGGGAGCCACAACUUGUGUUGGGGGUUAUGUGUGUACUUAUUCGAGUGAAUAUUACUCGCAAUGUUUACCUGGAACUGGUUAGUUUUCCAACACUCAGAGACUGUCGAUCCAUGAGUGGAAAAGUGGAUGAAUAAAUCAAAGAAAGAAGAAGUCUAAUAAAUGAAAAUAUAGCAACACUGACCACAGUUACGAGUUCGAGUAAACCAUCAAGCUCCAGUACCAAGACUAGUUCAUCAGCAGCUCCUAGCUCAACUGGGAAAACGAAAUAUAGUAUGUUCAUAUGUCAUACACUUAUACAUUUCAUUCUGAAAAACCCACACAAGGGAAUCCGACUAACAUACUACACAACAGUUGGAACCAACAUUGCAGGAUUCGACUUCGGCUGCACAACAGACGGCACAUGUAUAACCAGCGAUGUCUACCCGGUGCGCACCCACAUUUAUCUUCUCCCCUCCCCUCCCCUGCACCUCACACACACCCACUAACCCACUCCAUCACAGCCUCUAAGCAGCAUAGUCAACCAUCCAGAUGGCCUAGGACAAAUGUCCCACUUUGUCAAAAGCACCGGACACAAUAUAUUCCGUCUCCCAGUAGGAUGGCAAUAUCUCGUGAACAAUGUUCUCGGGGGUACACUCGACAGUAGCAAUUUCGCGACGUAUGAUUCAUUGGUGCAGGGAUGUUUGGCAACGGGUGCUAGUUGCAUAAUUGAUAUCCAUAAUUAUGCGCGAUGGAAUGGGGGCAUUAUUGGACAGGGUGGACCGACUAAUGCGCAGUUUGCGAGUUUGUGGACUCAGUUGGCGAAUAAGUAUAAGGGGAAUACGAAGGUGAUUUUUGGUUUGAUGAAUGAACCGCAUGGUGUGUAUUUUCACUUUCUAUUGGUGGUGGGUCUGGGGUGUAGUGAUUAUUCGAAGGGAAACGAAUCUUGGAUUUGUGCGAUGUGACUAACAAAUCUGUCAGAUAUGCCAAAUAUUACCACAUGGGCAGCCUCCGUUCAAGCAGUGGUUACUGCUAUUCGCCAAGCCGGUGCUACAUCUAACCCGCUCCUCCUACCUGGUAAUGAUGUAAGUAUCAUUAGGUCAUGGAUUUCCCCUUUAAUCUCACCUGUCUCCUUCCUACUCUCUCUUCAAAACCGGAAACCCGAAAUUUCAAUAUACUUUAAACCCCGACUCACAAAUCUUCCACCACAUUACAACACUAACCUCAGCCACCUCUAGUACACCUCCGCAGGAUCCUUCAUAUCCGACGGCUCAGCAGCCGCCCUCUCCAAAGUCACCAACCCAGACGGCACAACGACAAAUCUAAUCUUCGACGUCCACAAAUAUCUCGAUUCCGAUAACUCAGGAACUAAUCCUGAAUGCGUGACCAAUAACAUCGAUAACGCAUUCGCACCACUAGCAACUUGGUUACGAGCAAAUGGAAGACAAGCCAUACUAACCGAGACAGGUGGUGGAAACGUCGCUAGUUGUGAGACGUAUUUGUGUCAGGAAGUUGCUUAUUUGAAGUACGUUGUUAAUUUUCUUUUGUCUGUGAAAGAUUAGAAUAACAAAAUGCUAACGAUGUUUCUACACAGUGCCAAUUCGGAUGUGUAUUUGGGAUAUCUUGGGUGGGCUGCUGGAAGCUUCGAUACGAAUUACAGUAAGUGGAAUUGAAACUCGUCCCAAAAUUGUGGUGAGGACAUAUGGGAUAUGAAUAUGUACUGAUAUUGAUGAUAGCAUUAACGGAGACACCCUAUGGAAGUGGAUCAUCUAUGACAGAUCAACCACUUGUUGCAGCUUGUCUUACUCGAUCGAAUUAGUUGGUGUUGGUUGACGGGGAUGUAAAUAAUUUGAUAAGGCUCUGUACAUAAGGGAGUGAGUCUGUAUAUAUUCAAUUGGUUGUACAUAGGUAACAGUAUAUGAGAAGAGUAUACACAAAACAAGAUCGAU